AUUAUUUAAUAUAAACAUUGCGCACUUUAUUCUAAAAAUAUGCGAUGUGCGGUGCCCCAAUGCCGAAACUCCUCUGACUGCCGAUCCAAAAGGAAUGCGGGUCACCAGCAGCGCUUGGGCUUCUUCCGCUUCCCCAAGUGCCCGGAUGCAUUCAAAGCUUGGCUCGCAUUCUGCGGCCAUACGGAGGAGUCCUUGAAGUCCAAGAAUCCCUGCAUUUGUAGCGAGCAUUUCAAUGAUGAGGACAUCGAGGGAUCCCUAAAAUUUGAAAUGGGAUUGGCCAAAAAGCGCACUUUGCGACCAGGUGCAGUUCCCUGCAUAAACAAAAGCCAGGAAAGCAGAUCGGAAAGAGCCCACAAAGAGAGGACACAGCGACGCAGGAACCAGGAACUAGUGGCUGAGCUGCUGGCGGAGGAGGAUGCCAAAUCAAUCCCCCCAGUGGCUGCCUCAUUUGAGCACGAUAAUGUGUAUAUAUCGGAAACUGUUGAAAUGGAAUUGGAUCCACUUUCUGGCGCGGAAAAGCUGGAAGAGCUCCAAAAGUGUCGCACAUGCUACAGGGACUUCGCCGCGGACUCCACGGCCAAGGAUCUCUUUGACCCGGCCAACAGUGUCCUGCUCUUCCACAUUGAAGUCAUAAGCGGUGUCUGGAUCAGUCACAAACCAGACGAGCCGCGCUUCAUGUGCCCUGCCUGUAAAUUAGCCCUGGAUCAGGCCAUCGAUUUCCGGGAGAUGUGCAUCAGCACCGAGCUCAAGAUCAACCAAGCCAAACCUUUAACUGAUGAGCUGCAGCUAGAGGCUCAAAAUGAGGAUUCAAUAUCAUCAGAGCACGACUUGGUAUCUGAUUCGGAGUACACCAAUGUGGAUGAGAUUGAAGAUGCAGGUGAAGAGCACGUUGAAGUUGAAGCUGUAACAGAUGACCAAUCAAGUCCAGAGCCAGUCGUCGAAUCCGCUGCACCCGCCGCUCAGGAUCCACUUAGUGUGGCCCUGGGUAACAAGAUCUUCAAGGAGCUGAUAGAUCAAUACACAGGGCAAGAAAGAGCAAAGCUCAAGAAGGCAACACCAAUUGCGAGGAAACCCAGAGCUAGGGAACAGGCAGCUUGUGAGCAGAAACCAAAACGCAGUGCCAACCCAAAGACCAAAGAAGAGAGGAAUCUCAUACGGCGUGCCCAGUUACGGGCUAAACCGCCGAACUUUGUGUGCGAUCAGUGCGGCCAGGCCUUCCGCAUGUCCCACAAUCUGCGGAUCCACAUGCUCCGACACAGUCGCACCAAGAACUACCAGUGCAGCGAGUGUCCGAAGACGUUCUACGAUGCCUACAUGCGCAACAUGCACAUUCGCAUCCGCCACCGUGGCGAAACUCCCUUCGGCUGUGGUUUCUGCAGCGAAACAUUCGCCUAUGCCGGGGCUCGCCAAAAGCACGAGAGUGAGGUGCACAAUGCGGCACCCCGUCUCAUUGUGAAGCGAAUCAAUCCGAAGCCUAUGCCUAAGCCUCGAGAAGAUGUACGCUAUCAAUGCAAGCUGUGUCACAAGCAUUACGCCUCAAAGUACGCACUGGGCUGGCAUAUCAAAUCGCACACCGAUGCGAACGCCUUCAAGUGCCAGCGGUGCAGCAAGAGCUACUCAGAUCCCAACAAGCUCAAGCGCCACGAGAUGACCCACGAGAAGAGGCCGCUGCAGUGCGACGUCUGCUUGAAGGGAUUCUAUCAGCGCACGCGGCUGCGGGAGCACGAGCUCAUUCACACCGGCGAACGUCCUUAUUGGUGUGAGGUCUGCAAUGUGCACUUUCGCUACAAGUAUAACAUGAAAAGCCAUGCAAACAGCAAAAUGCAUCAGGAUAAUGCUCGCAAAAUGGGAUUAGGACAAAUUGUUAAAACCGAAUGAAACGAGUGCCUUUUUUUCAA